UCGCAACGUGGUAGGAUGAUUUGUGUCUUUUCAAUGGAUGCGAUCAUUAGUUUGAAAUGCUGUUUCAUAUUCACACUGUUAACAGGUUCAGUCUCUCUUCAUCAGGUUGUUGAAGUCACUGAAGGAGACUCUGUCAUCUUGAAUUGCAGUCAAAACAGUAUUGUGCUUGAAGAUAAACCGCUGACAGUCCACUGGAGACACGAUGACGUCAGGAAUGUAUUUGAUAUUAUCAAUGGAAACAUUUCUGUAAAGGAGCAGGAUGAAGCGUAUAAGAACAGAGCAGAAGUUUUACACGAGGAGCUCAAGAAGGGGAACGUCUUUCUCAAACUCACCGAUCUUCAGCUCUCUGAUGGAGGAACGUAUCUCUGUUUUGUCCCAGAUUUGGGACUUGAGCGCAGCACACAGCUGGUGGUCAAAGAAAGAUGCAUGACGUGCACAACUUCUGAAAUAACAAGCCACGGUGCAGGAGCAAGACUGGAAAAGACUCUGUACCUCCUGAUACAAUCAUCUGGAUUCAUUGUGCUUUAUUUGAUUUAAUAGUGAAGCAGUGAGUGAUCCAAAUGAUUCUGUUAAAUAUGGCUCAAUUCAGACUAGAUCUUUACUGAUAUACACUGAUAUGGUAUACACUAUUGUUUACUAUUAAAAACUGUGACUUGUUUACUUGUGUAUACUGUGUAAUGCACUGCUGUGUUUCACUGCGACUGAGAAGUGUAUUGAAGUGAGAUCUUUUUUUUUUUUUGCGUUGUUUAAAUUAAAUUUUGUUUAUUUUUAGGUUCUGAAAUAUCAUAAAUAAAAAAUGAGUAGCGAUGGAAAAUUAACCUUAAGAGUUAUUUUAAGAUUCACAUCCACGUCUUUCAGCUAAAACAAGGCAAAAUUUGGGCGGUCAGUGAAAAUGUAAUAUACAACUAAUCAUAUCCCAAGAAUAGACUAGUCAUCAAACAGACAGCUAAUGAAUGCCUGCAUAUGUACAUAUCAUAGACAACAAAAUGACAAUCCAUCCAAACAAAUUAAAUCUACAGCUUUUAUUAAGAAAAAAUAAAUUUUAAACAACUUACGACAUUGCAAAAUGAUAAAAAAAACAUGAAAAUGACACAAAAAAAAUCAAUACACUUAAAUAUAAAUAUUAUAAUGAAAAAAUAUCAAAUUAUAAACCUUAUAUUAUAUAUGGGACAUUCUACCAGAAAUGUACAUUAUCUGUCCUUGACUUGUUACAGUGAAUAAAAAGUAUUACA